UGACGUCAGUUAAAGAUCAAUUUCAGUCUAAGCGGGGAAUUUUGUCAACAAACAUCUGUGCAUGUAUUCAAAAUGAAGACAAAAAACGUAAAUAACGCCCAAGAAAAAUGUGACGAAUGGUUGUCAACUAGAAAUAAGAAAAAGAUAUCAAAGCCUACUCCUAUGAUUAAAAAACACAGUGCAGCACUACGUUUGGUUAAAACAGGAUCUAGUUCCAAAUUGUGUAAAUUGACUCAAAAUUCACCACCACCACCACAGAUAUACACUAAUACCAAACAGAGUGUUUUAAUGUCCUAUUUUACUUCGAAACCAGAUCAAAGCAAUGAACAAAGUUUUGAUGACUUGAAUGAAAUUGAUGUUGACAUGCAAGAAGAUUUAACUGAACAGUUUGGAUUUUUAAGUCAAGAUGAAAGCAAUGAAAAAGAAGGGCAUCAAAACAUCCCUUUGUCUUACACCAGAGUGAUAAAAAAUGAUUCUGCAAAAUGUCAGGUCAAAUGUGACAUUGAUGCCUCAAAUGAUGACAAUGAUGACUGCAAAAUGUCUAGUGGAUUUAAAUUCUCGUCAAAUUGUAAGGAAAAGGACAUAAAAGUCUGCGUUAGAAACCAUUCUGAUGACAGUGAUAUAGACUUUGUUAGUCAACCAGAUGCAAAUGAAAACAGGAAUGUCAAACAGAAAAAUUACUCUGAAGGAAUUGAAAUGUCAAAUUCAAAAACUGACACAGAUAGUGAUAUAGAGUUUAUAAGUCAAUGUCCUGAAAAAGCGAGAAAAUAUGUAAACCCUCCAAAUUCUACGAGUAUAAAUGCAAUAGAAGAGCAUAAUUAUGUUGAAAAUAUCAGAAAAACAUUCAGUAGAGGUCACAAGGAAAAUGGGAAUUCCAAAACUGAUACAGAUAGUGAUAUAGAGUUUAUAAGUCAAUGUCCUGAAAAUGUAAACCCUCUAGAAUCUACAGGGAAAUUGGCAAUUAAUAAACAUACUUGUGUUGAAAAUAUUGAAAAAACAUUCAGUAGAGAUCAGAAAGAAAAUGGGAAAUCCAAAACUGAUACAGAUAGUGAUAUAGAAUUCAUAAGCCAGUGUCCAAAAACUGUCGAAAAGUAUGUAAACCCUCCAAAAUCCUCUCUAGAAUCAAAAAUAAUUGGAUAUAGUAUCGUGGAGGAAACGUCUAAUAAGGAUCGUUGGAAAGACAAAUUCCAAUCAGACACUUCAAGUGAUGAUAUAGAAUUUUUGAGUCAAUGUCCAGAACAGAAAAGCAAGCAGUUAAAUGCUGAACUAAGCAUAAGCAAUUGGAAAAAGCAUUUGAAUUCAAAACAGUGUACAUCUUCUAUAAUUUCAGAACAAGAUUCUGAUUAUAGUGAUAUUGAAUUUCACAGUCAAUUUCCAGAGCAUGGCCGAUAUAAUCAGGUGAUUCCAAAAGUUCCUGAAAAUUCCAAGGAAUUGUCAAGGCCAGUUCCAAAGUAUUAUGAAAAAGGAUGCAGGCAUUCUCCAAACAGUGUCAAAAAUCUGAAACUUAAGUGCAAUAAAGAUGCAAAAAAGGCAGACAAUGGCUUGGAAUGGAUCCCAGAGAAUAGUGAAAUAGAGUUCAUUUCCCAAUCAGUGCUUCAAAAUCCAAAAACUUCCUCCAAAUUCUGUGAUAGUGUGGACUCUACAAAGUAUUUCCAAAAUCAUACGCUGAAUGUGACUCUGAACACAGAAGAUCUAAAUACACAACACGUACAAGAUUUUGAUUUUGACUCUCAAGACGAAGAUCCCUGUUCCUCAGAUAUGCUGCAACCAGACAAACAGCAUUCAGAGGAACAGUGUUCAGAAGAACAGCUACAGGAACACUGCCAAGCAGACAUUCCAGAGGAACAAUGUCUAGACCAAAGUCUGGAGGAACAAACUCAUCAAACAGACGAUUUGUCAUUUGAUUCUAAUACUCAAGCAGACAAUAAUGCCUAUACAUUGGCAGAAAAACCAAAGCAGAAACAAAACAAGGGAGGCAACUCUUUAAGACAUAAAAGUCGACUGCUUCAGAAAUUCUUACCAGACACAAUCAAAUUCACAGACACUGAAUCAGACAGCUGUGAGGAGCCAGUGCAGAAAACCCAACCAGGAAAUAAUAUAAAACAGUCCUCUAGUCUAGAUUCUAAUUUGUUUAUCAUAGAAGAUUCUCAACCAGUAAAUGUGCACAUAAAUCGAUCCAGAAAGAAACAACGUAUUGACUUAAACGAGCAAAAUGAUUUUGAUGUGUCAUAAUAAAUACAUUUGAAAUCAU